AUGCUUACACUUACAAAUCUUGGAGGUACUCUGACAGUAUUUCUUGUGAUCUGUAAUAUUUUUUACCCGGUGUUAGGAGGGACACAGUCAGACACACGGGUAAAGCUUGACUCCAUCAAGUCCUUGAUCUACAGUAAUGCUAAGGCUACAGUUACAUUGGACUCUGUAGCUCUAAAGGAACUCGUCCAACUCUCAACAUCAGAAUCUUCAAUACUGUAUAGGGGAGUCAGUUUCUGUGUCAACAAUACAAGAAGACUAAGUGUUGGAGCAGGUCAGAUCAUUAAAUAUGAUGGAAUUAUUAAAAAUGAUGGAAACGGAUAUGACGAUAGAACAGGGGUGUUCGUGUGUCCAGUGGCGGGAACUUACAUGUUUGUCGUUGACUGUCUGUGCCAUUUGGAAACAUGGCUUCACAUAAAAGUAAAUAAAAAAACAGUAGCAUCAGCGUACAGAGUUCGCGACAACAGUUGGGACCAAAUAAGCAGAACAGUUGUAGUAAAAUUGAGGCGAGGUGACCAUGUGAAGGUAGAAUAUGGUGGAAAUCAAAGUCGAAAAGAAAAUAUUCACGAGGGUGGAUACUCUGGAUUUACAGGAGUACUACUGUACUGA